CGCUGGGAUGUCUGCUUUCGGAUGGGCGGCGCGGGCUGGGCGCGUGGCGAGGCGCGCGUUGCCGACGACUCCGACUUCCAAACCCUAAAAAACCUCCUCUCCUCAGAAAAUGGCUGGACCCUCGAGUAUGAGCGCGACGGCGUCAAGGUCUGGGCCGAGGACGCCGCUCAUGGAGCCCUCCGCACUGUCAAGGUGGUCGCCGAGUUUUCGGACGUGGAGCCGGACGCGCUGUACGACGUGCUACACGACCCCGAGUAUCGGUCUGUGUGGGAUACGCACAUGCUGGCCGCCGAGGACGCCGGACACAUCAACGUCAACAACGACGUGGGAUAUUACGCCAUGUCGUGCCCAGCACCGCUCAAGAACCGCGACUUCGUGCUGCAGCGGUCGUGGCUCGACACCGGCGAUGAGAAGAUGAUCCUCAACCACUCCGUCUUCCACAAGGACUACCCACCCAGGAAGGGCUAUGUCAGAGCGCUGUCCCUUCUAACUGGAUUCGUGGUGCGCACACGGCCUGAGGGCGGCAGCUGGCUGGGAUAUGUCUCGCGCUCCGACCCCCGCGGCGCGCUUCCUGCGUGGCUUGUCAACAGGGUGACGGCUCAACUAGCUCCUCGCCUGGUCAACCAGCUCCACAUGGCAGCGCGGAAGUAUCCUGGCUGGAAGUCGCUCACAGACCUGCCGUACCACAAGCCCUGGAGACACCCGGAGCAAGUUCCACCAUAUAGGAUCUCCUUGGCUGAUUGCGUAGACCCUGAUGCCCCACCAGUCCCCGAAGAGCCAAAACCAGACACAUCCAAAGGCAAACUUGAAGUGCCCCAAGCCAAAGAAAUAGAGAGCCACAGCGUAGAAGACCUUGGAGAUAUAUCAUCAGAAUUCAGCGUGGAAGUGGAAGAAGACUUAUCUGAACUCACGCUAGACUCAACCAAGAAGAAAGGCAAGUUCUACAAGCUAGUUAAGUCAAUGAAGAACAGAAGGAAGAGUGUGCAAGUGGCCAAAAGUGCUGACAAUUUGAUGGAAGGGAAACCGGAGGAAAAGCAAGAGAAGAAAAAGGGGUUCAAAUUCCAUCGUAGGUUCAGUCUUAGUAGAGGGAGGGAGGAUUGAGAUUUUAUAAGUAAAAUGGGUAAGGAUUCUAAAUGAGGUUAUGAAAUGCCGAAAAGCCGAAAUAAAUGACUGUAAUUGCUCUGUGCUUUGAUCUCUAUCAAGUACCAUUUUACGGCCAUGACUUCUGUGGGUAGUCGAGCGAGCGGUAUUUAUAAUUACACUUACAACGCGUUAAGAAUGUAUUAUAAUGAUUUUCAUUGAAUGGUUCUCAAAUGUGUUUUGUUUUUUAAUUACUUCAUUGUGACUACAAUGUUUAGAACAUAAAUAAGAGCAAAUUGACUCUAAUUGAAUUUUAGUUGCAAGUUACUGUUUUUUUCAUUAAGUCACGUGUCAGAUCUGAAACAAAACUAUAUCAAAGCUGACCUAAACAUAUCAGCUAAGCACACAUUUCGACUGCGGUCUAUUUCUUCUCAGUUUAAACUCUAAAAUGAGCUUAUUGAUAAAACAGUAGUUAAAAUCGAUGUUAAACCUGGUUGAAUGGUAGAUAAAUGUUAAUGAAUUGUCAAAGAGAGAGAUUGUUAGCAAUUUGUCAGUGUUACGAUGUUUUAUGAUAUAAGAUGUUACUGUAGCUAGACAUUUUUGUGAAUUUUAAAUACAAUAAAUGUUGGAUGUCGGGUCACAGCUCUACAACUAUGAUGUUCAGACAAAAUAUACUGUAAGUAUACAACGUAGAUAACCACAUAGGUAGGUACAUUUCCAUUAAUUUACCCGAUGUUUCGACUUCGAAUUAAUUAAUUCUCAUGUUAACCUAAUAAUAUCGUAGAACGAUAGUGUAAAGCGAGCGUUAUUUUUUUUUGUUUAAAUCUUUCAUUUAAAAUUAGAAAGUUUAUGUAGAUCCAUGUUUUGGACCCGAUGUCUAAUGCUGAAUUAAUUAAAACCUACAAAUGGUUUCCGUUGUUGACAUAGCGAUCAGUAGUACGUUGCGUGUUGUAGAUUGUAUCUAUUAACAUAACAUGUUACAUAGUAAUCUAUCCGCUGUUUCGUAUUUCUUAUUAAAUAAAUUCGUAAUGUAAGUACCAGAUUCAUUUAUUCAUUGUAAUUAACAUUUAUCGCGACUAAACUAAAAUCUAUUUCGAUUGUGAUCUUCCGAUUCAAAUCAACUCUUGUAUUAGUUGUACAAAUACUAAGUUAAUAAGUCUAUAAACAU